GGUAAAGCCCUGACCUAGUGGUUUUCUUAUCGCUUGUUGAGAAAUGUUGGCAAGAUCUUUGUGAUCAAAUGUUGAUGAUUCGUGGUAUAGCCUUGUACCUGGACAGAACAUAUGUUAAACAAAACCCAAAUGUGCGUUCUUUGUGGGACAUGGGCCUGCAACUCUUCCAUAAACAUCUUUCUCUGGCUCCAGAAGUUGAGCACAAAACUGUCACCGGUCUUUUAAGAAUGAUUGAGAGUGAGAGGUUAGGUGAAGCAGUUGACAGGACCCUACUUAACCAUCUUUUGAAGAUAUUUACUGCUUUGGGCAUUUACUCAGAAAGUUUUGAGAAGCCUUUCCUGGAGUGCACAUCCGAGUUUUAUGCAGCUGAAAGAAUUAAAUACAUGCAGUAA